AUGGCCAGCCAACCACAUCCCCAGGCGAAUCAGCCACCAAAGCCCGCCGCAGUGCCCAAGCGUGAUGUCAAGAUCCUGAUGCUGCAUGGCUUCACACAGUCUGGUAAUCUAUUCCGUGCCAAGACGCGCGCUCUCGAGAAGAUGCUGCAAAAGUCACUCGCGCCCUUCCACCUCUCACCAGUCUUGCUCUACCCCACGGGGCCCAAUCGUCUGCGGCCCCGGGACUUGCCCGGCUACGAGCCACCCGAAGAUGGUUCUGUCGAGAACGACGAGGACGACACAUCCGACUCGUGGGCAUGGUGGCGGCGUGACGAUGCGACCGGGGAGUACCGGUUCCUAAACGAGGGCAUGACCCACUUGGCAAAGUACAUUGCAGAGGCCGGCGGCGUUGACGGUGUUUUGGGCUUCAGCCAAGGCGGUGCUGGGGCAGCGAUCGUGGCGUCCGCUCUCGAGGACCGUCCGGCGCCAGAAGGGGCCGAGUGGUCCUGGGUGGAGGCUUUGCGGGCCGCCAAUGGCCACCGUGCCGUGCGUUUCGCCGUCAUCUACAGUGGCUUUUUUGCCCAGCCCGAAAACCUCAGGUGGCUGUACGAGCCAGCAAUCACGACGCCUUCGUUGCACUUUAUCGGCGGCCUGGACACAGUGGUCGACGAGACUCGGACACAAGCACUAGUGGAUCGUUGCAUUGAGCCGGUGGCACUGACGCACCCUGGCGGCCAUUAUGUGCCCAUCAACAAGGAGUGGGUGAUGCCGCUGGUGUCAUUUGUGAAGACGCAUUCGGAAAAUACCGAAGGGAGCGUCGUUACCGAUUCCAAGAUAUAG